AUGGACGCCUCCUCCCUCCGCAUCUCCAAGUUCGAUGGAACUAACUUCCACGCCUGGAAGUUCAAGAUGCAGAUGGUGCUGGAGGAACGGGACCUAUGGGAGGUCGUCAGCGGUGAGAUCAAGGCGGAACAGUGCGAGACUCAGUUGGACCAAGCGACGUACAAGAGGAAGUCAAGAAAGGCGAUGGCAGUGAUCUGUCUAGCCAUGGAAGAUUCCCAGCUACCGUUGGUCCGGUCGGCAAGUGGUGCAUGCGACGCAUGGUCAAGGUUGGAAGACCACUUCGAGAAGAAGAGUCUUGCCAACAAGCUGUUCUUGCGCCGUCGCUUCUUCACGACAAUGAUGGAAGAAGGCGACGAUGUACUCGAACACAUCAACAAGCUCAAGACGCUGGCGGAACAGCUAGAAGCGGUGGGGGGCUCCACUUUGGAGUCGCGCUCAGACACUCUUAGCUGGGAGCUCGUGACGUCUCGACUGCUUCAUGAAGAAAUGAAGCGGAAGGAGCAAGGAAGUAAAGGUGAUGAAGCUUCGCAAGGUCAAGCGUUCAUCACAAGGGACAAUCAGCGCAAAGGGCGACCAGUGAAGAAGUCCUGGCCGUGCCACAAUUGCGGAAAGAUUGGUCACUGGAUGGCGGAGUGCCCCUCGCGCAUCCAAGAAAACACGGAGAGACACCGGCCACAGCGUGCUCAAGACAGCGGCGACCGCUAUCGAUCACAACGUGCAAACGUCGCUCAAGAAGAAGACUCGGGCGACUACCUCUUUUCGAUCGGUGAAACGACAUCUGCGAAAUCGAGCGACAUCUGGCUGGUCGACUCGGGGCGACGCAGCACAUGA